GUGGUGAGUGGACGGGACUCUGAUGUGGAGUGCUGCUCCGGAGCUGAGUGCCCACUACUAGACCAGCAACUUCCUGUGCCUCAGGAUGGAUUAGAGCUUCACGCCUCCGGAGAUCAAAGGUGGCUGUGUGAAGGGGGACCCCCAGGGCUGGACCCAUGAGGAGUCAAAGAAGAUGCUCGCAGCCUGGGCGCUUCUGCUCUUCUUAGCCAUGUGGGUGAGAAACGCCACCAGUGGCCCGCUCUCAUUCAGAAUAGCUGCCAUUCUUGAUGACCCGAUGGAGUGUAGCCGCGGGGAGCGACUGGCCAUCACUCUGGCGAAAGACAGCAUCAACCGUUCCAGCAACCGCUCCACCACAGGGAAGCUGGAGGUGGACAUCUUUGAGCUGCUCCGAGACAGUGAAUACGAGACAGGGGAAACUAUGUGCCAGAUCAUGUCCAAGGGGGUUGUGGCGGUCCUGGGCCCCUCUGCCAGCCCGGCAUCCAACUCCAUCAUCAGUAAUAUCUGCGGUGAGAAAGAGUACAGAGCGUGGCAGAUGAGAGAGGCAGGAGCCUUUGAGAUCUUCAGGAGCCACUACAGUAGAGCGGCACGGCUGCGCUUAAGGCUGAGGCCUUUGAACCUGAAUGACACACAGGUUCAGGAGAGGGAAAAGAUAUGGGAACUAGGUGAGGGAGAAAGGCCAGACCUGAAACCCAAGAGGACAACAGACAGAACCUCCUGUGGAGCCUGA